AUGCUCUAUCGCAUCCUUUGCAUCGCCAUCAACCAGCGAGCCGGACCAAACGUCCCAGAUGUGCAACACAGUACCGGGCUCUUGAUGGUUAAAGGACAUGAGCUCGCCCUCAGACGUAGGGUUCUCUCUACUUUCGGGCUCCCUGAAUAUCCCGCUCCCAUACUCUGUACGGUACAUGCGCAUACACCUUGCGCCACGGCUACGAAGAGCGGCUCGGCAGAUUGGACGACGGCGAAGCGGCGGGAGUUUGCGACUGAUUUGGUGAAUCCACAGCUGAUUGCUGUGACGGAUAAUGCCAAUCAGGAGAAGAGCGAUUCUGGCCCUGAGGAAUGGAAGACCCCCCAUCCGUUUGGUGUAUACAUUCAGAGUAGAAUAUAG